AUUACACGUUUAUCAUUUGUGCCACUACCUGAGGAAGAUAAUACAACACCAAGUACAGAUAAUACAUCCGAAAUUCUUGGAGAUCAGCAGAAGUCAAUGGCGAACAUGCGCCAACGCGAUUCUUUUUGUGAUUUUCUAGAUUUUCAAGCAAACGAAUUGGACCGGAUAUCUGCACGUUUUACAAUGGGGCGUGACAGCUUCGAUUGGGAUACACUUGGACGUAAGCCAAACUCAGAAGAUAAUCGCACAAAUGUAUCGAAACUUAACGGCAGCGAUGAAAGUGUCAACAACUCGAGUAGUAACACCACUGAUGGUAAAUUUAAUUUAAGUUUAGAUUAUGUAAACACACGGCGUGCUAAGGUAGUCGAAGAAGGAAAACGGCAAUUUUCUACGCUGCCGACGGCACCACUCCGUGAUCGUAAUAGCAUAUCGAAAGUUGUAACCAAUUUAAAACAAAUCGAUGAGGAAGAAUCAGCAAAUUCCGCACACUCAACGCAACAAAUAGAGUUGGAUUGUGAUAGCGAUAAAGAAAAUCCCAGUAAUAUAGAUGUAGAAUUCGAUUUAGUUGCGCAACCGCAUACACCAGUAAAUGCAUGCAAUAGCACACCCAAUCGCACGCCGGAAAGCACACAAAAUUUUACAGAAAGCAAGAAAUCGGAAAAUUUAAAGUCGCAAGUUGCAAAUAAUCCCGUGCCACCACAAGCAGGGAUUCUACAGGAAAUCGCCGAUUUGCGUAUGGAAAUGAACUCACGUUUUAAGCAAUUAGAAUCGGAGUUAAAAUUUAACGCCGAGCAAAACAAAUGGCAAAUUUUUACGCAAACAGCUGAUAUAUGGGCGCGCCAAAUGAAUACCACCGAAGAUAUACGUGAUGCGCUGAGCUAUCUUUUGCAAACCGAUCCUUUUGUAAAUGAGUUUAUACGCCUGAAAGACGAGAAUGAGUUAUUAAAGGCACAACUACAGCAAUUGAUGGCAAAAAAAUAGGGAAAACCUACACAUGUAUGUAUUUUAUUAGAUAUCUAUUGUAGCACUGUUUUGUUUUCCCAUUGAUAUUUUAAAAAGUUUUAGUAAUUAAUCUUUAUUAUUUGUAGUUGAUUGUGAAAUUGUACUGAAUAGAAAUGUAUUAAAUUAAAAUUUAUUUCAUUUAUUUAAUGCAUAAUUGUGACAAAAGACUUUAUGUUGCCAAACAAAAAUUAUACUUUUAUGUACUGAUAGGAAUAAAAGGACUAAAUAAGUGUGCUUUAUUAUGGCAGAUAUUAUACAUAUUUGUCAGGGAAUAAAAAAAUAUAUGAUAACUGUUUAAAACAUGUUCGCUGAUUAGUUCUAUUCCAUUUAGCAAAUCUGUACUGUGUACCCAGCUCUGCUGAUUUGAUUUGAUUUAAAAUUUAAAAGUGUAUAAUUAACACUUUCCCUGCCAUAUUAAAAAUGAAACAACAUACGUUUUGCAUAUAUCUUUACAUAAGUAUAUGGUCAAAUUAACUAACUCGGACAAUUAGUAACCGAUCUCGCGAUGGGGUAACCCAACAUCACUGUCAAACAUAUGAGGACUUGGAAGCAACUUACGAAAGCAAAAGAAACUGCUUAUGACUUAUGUGAAGUGUUUUGAAGAAUCAACUACUAAAAACUAUCGUUACUAAGCAGGGACAGGGAAUGUGUUAACUUCAACAAUAACACAAGAGAACAAAAAUGUUUCUGAUUGACUUUUCUGUGCCGAUUACGAAUCCAUGAGUAUAAAGU